AAUUGUUUAAACUAGGUUUUCUAAUCUUUUUUGAAGUAUGAACUUUCUUUGGCAGUCUGGUGAAGCAUAUGGACUCCUUGGAGUAAUAUUUGUUUCCUGUAGUUUAAGGAAAUGUGAAAUUUCAGCUUGAGGUUACAGAAAGUAAAGGCCUAAUUAUUUUUUCCCAUCCAAGUCCACAGAGCCCUCCUAAAGUGAUCCAUGGACUCCUGAUAAGAUUCCCUGGUUUAAACACUCCUCCAGGAUGUGUCCUGGAAGCAACACCUGACCUGAGAAUAGGGGGAAAAUAAUUUAUUUUUACAUCCCUUAGGAUCUUGACUGGCUCUUAUGACAAGACUUCUCGGAUCUGGUCAACAGAAGGAAAGUCUCUCAUGACGAUUGCUGGCCAUAAAGAGGUGGUGAAAGAUGUUGCCUGGGUGAAGAAAGACAGUUCGUCGUGCCUGCUUCUUAGUGCCUCUAUGGAUCAGACUAUCCUGCUGUGGGAGUGGAACGUGGAGAGGAACAAAGUGAAGGCGCUCCACUGCUGUCGGGGCCACGCCGAGAGUGUGGAAUCGGUAGCUGUGAACGGCCCAGGGACUCAGUUUUGCAGCGGCUCUUGGGAUAAGAUGUUAAAGAUCUGGUCUGCUGUUCCCACAAAUGAAGAAGAUGAAAUAGAAGAUUCUACAGACAAGCCUAGAAAGAAACAGAGAACAGAACAACUGGGAUUAACACGGACUCCUAUAGUGACUCUGUCUGGCCAUAAUGAUGCCAUUUUCUCAGUGCUUUGGUCAGAUGCUAAUGAAAUUUGCAGUGCAUCAUGGGACCAUACGAUUCGGGUGUGGGACGUGGAGUCUGGUAGUACUAAGUCAACCUUGACUGGAAAUAAAGCAUUUAAUUGUAUCUCCUAUUCCCCACUUUGUAAACGCUUAGCAUCUGGGAACUCUGAUAGACAUAUCAGGCUAUGGGAUCCCCGAACUAAAGAUGGUUCUUUGGUGUUACUUUCCUUAACUUCUCAUAAUAAUUGGGUGACAUCAGUGAAAUGGUCUCCCACACAUGAACAACAGCUGAUUUCUGGUUCCUUUGAUAACAUGGUCAAGCUUUGGGAUACAAGAAGUUGCAAGGCCCCCCUCUAUGAUAUGUCUGCUCAUGAAGAUAAAGUUCUAUGUGUUGAUUGGACAGAAGCUGGGCUGCUGUUGAGUGGAGGAGCCGACAAUAAACUAUACACCUACAAAUAUUCAGCCACUGCUUCAGAUGCAUGAAAAUGGAUUAUUCAAUAUCAGAGAUUAUCUAUUAGUAUGUAAAACUGAAAAUCAUUGAUUAUAUGACACAUAUCUGAAGAGCAUAUUCUUUCUCAGCCAGCCUUUUACAACUAAUGUAAUAUGAUUUUUGACUGUCAAAACAGUCAUAUUUCAUUGUUUUGUUUUUUUUUCAUUUUUCCUUUGUAUUUAUAUUAUGCAAAUCUAGAUAUUUAUAAAAAGCAAAAUAUGAGCAACUGUCUUCAUCGCUAUGUUCAGAACUUCUUGAAAUUAUGUUUUGUUCUUUCACAGAUAUUUUGGCAUUGAAUAACAAAAAAGGAUCUGAAAGUUUUUAAUAAAUAUAAAGUAAUUGA